AUGGUCUCUUCGGACCCGCCACCACAUUAUUCUUGUCUUCCUUCACAGGGAGAAGCUAUCAUCGACCAUUCUCCUCGGUUAGGCUCUCAGAUUCCCAGUGGGACGUUUAUGAAGCAUCGAGGGAACAUUACUGUCGUAUUGACAGAGCAAAAGGAUGGUAUUGCUACUCCGUCAUAUGGUCGAGGAGGGAAUAUUCAAGGUGGCUUACUACUGGAGAGACCUAAUGAUGUCUCUCAAGCAAAAUUGAUGAUAGAAGGGAAGCUGGAUAUUAUGGGCUCUUCUAGUGGUCCACGGUCAGUUUCUACUGCUUCUCGCAGCAUUACCCUAUGGGACUGUGACCGGACAGAAAACGCCACGUGCCCUACUUCAUUGCCCUUUUCUUUAUCCCUGCCGCUCAUAUUUGAAGACGGUGGCCUGAGUUAUCCUCUCCCGCCUAGUUUUCACUACUAUUGUUCUGGAAUUCCUGGCCUAUUGAUCACUUCCGUCUAUACUUUCGUUGUCUCUGUAGCUUGCGCCCGCCGUCCGAGACUUCUGCUUCGUGACAAAGUAGAGACCCUUCGUAUUCUGUUCACAUAUUUACCUAGAACUCGGCCAGAACGACCGACGUUAUCCAUUCCUCUUUUCUCCGGCAUCAAGUCGUCUCCCGAAGAAUGGACGCAAACCCUUGUCACCGUGAAAACAAAAGCCAACGCAAGAGUUUGCCCAGUUCAAUGUAACUUAUUUGUACCCUCUGUCCAAACAUUCGCCAUCUCCGAUAUUAUCCCCUUCCACGUGCAACUAAGCGGUCCACUCACGUCGCUCCGAAAACUUUUCUCUACUCUCCCGAGCUCUUUGGGAGUACAGAACGUUCUUAGUAUUUCUAUCCGUAGGCAAAUUUCAGUUAUAGUCCGUGGAAUUCGUUCAUAUCAGACUACGAAAAUCGGCGAAGGGAAGAUUCGCUCUGUACCACCGUAUCCGAAGGGCUGUCGCUAUCCAUGCAGUGAGAGUACUAGCCAAGACGAUCACUUAGACUGGGAAGGUGAAGUUAAGUGCACUUCAAAUGUUACAGUAGGCGGAUUCAGCGCCGCAGGUGCCUCGGUGAAGGAUUACAUUGUGAUUUUGCUGAAACCUCCUCCCGAUUCUCCCUUCCUUUCGACAGAAGGCUACAUUCCAAUCUUGCUCGUCACGGACACUUGGGCAAACGCUCCGAAUGACAAUUGA